AUGUCGAGAUUCGUCUUUAAUCCGAACGCCAGUGUCUUCGUGCCGGGCGGCGGCCAAAACCUCUCCGCGCCACCACCGCCGCCACCCCCUGCAAGCGAGGGCCACGGCAGUGCGGUUCCGUGCCAGGCGACCCAGGCUCCUUCUGCUUCUCAGAUGGCCCCCCCCGCAAUGACUCCCGCAUCUGUACCAACCGUGAACGAAGUUACUGAACAAAUGGAGAAUCUUAAAGUCCAGCAGAAAGAAUCGUGCUGGUCCGACGAGGCAGACGAUAUUGUCGAGGAUGCUUCCCCUGCAAGUGCAGACAAGGCACCGACAACUGCGGCCCCGUCCUCGCCUGUCGUGGCUCAGCAACCCGCAGCUUCCUCGGAAGCCGGGAUGUCGAAGGCACAAGCACGCGAAGCUGCUGCAGCGGCCGCGAGCAAGAAGAACCCUCCGGAUAGCCGGCCGCAUAUGAACAUUGUUUUCAUUGGCCACGUUGACGCGGGCAAGAGCACAACCUGCGGAAACAUCUUGUAUCUUACCGGCGGAGUCGAUGAGAGAACGAUUGAGAAGUACGAGAAAGAGGCCAAGGAGAAGAAUCGCGAAUCCUGGUUUCUUGCCUUCGUCAUGGACACAAACGAAGAAGAGCGACAGAAGGGGAAGACUGUCGAAGUGGGGCGCGCGUUCUUCUCGACGCCGAACCGCCGCUUCACUCUGUUGGAUGCGCCAGGCCACAAGGCGUUUGUGCCGAACAUGAUUGAAGGAGCCGCCCAGGCGGACGUCGGCGUCUUAAUCAUUUCCGCACGAAAGGGAGAGUUUGAAACGGGGUUUGAAAAGGGCGGUCAGACGCGCGAACACGCUCUGCUUGCGAAGACGCUAGGUGUCAACCAGCUAGUCAUUGCAGUGAACAAGAUGGACGAGCCGACGUGCGGGUGGAGUCAAGAGCGCUUCGAAGAAAUCGAGAAGAAGCUUACUCCUUUCCUCAAGUCCUGUGGCUUCAAUCCUGCCAAGGAUAUUUUUUUCAUCCCCAUCUCUGGUCUGCACGGUCAGAAUCUCAAAGACCACGUGUCGCGCCCAGGAACCAAGGCCUACGACCCUCGCGCGUCCUGGUAUGGGACCGAGCGACCGAGUCUCUUCGAACUGUUUGAUUCUGUGCCCGUUCCGGACCGCAAGGAGGACGAUCCCCUUCGCGUCCCGAUUCUUGACGGAUACAAGGACGGUGGCGUCAUCGCUUUGGGGAAGGUUGAGGCCGGCACGCUGACUCCUGGCAUGAACUGCAUUUUGAUGCCAUUCAAGAACAAAGUGAAGGUUACCGGCGUCUUCAUCGAAGAUGACGAAGUGGCCUACGCAAAGCCCGGAGAGAAUGUGCGAAUCAAGUUGAUGGGCAUCGACGAGGACCAACUUGGAAACGGCAUGAUGCUUUGCCCACUGAACGAGCCGUGCCCCGUCGUUUCUUCUUUCAUUGGCCGAUUGGGCAUUGUUGAGCUGCUCGAACACCGCCCCCUCGUCACCGCUGGCUAUUCCUGCGUGCUGCAUGCGCACACGGCACGAGAGGAGAUUGUCCUGAACAAGCUUCUUGAGGUGGUUGACAAGAAGACGAAGAAGAAGAAGACCAACCCGCAGUUUGUGAAGAAUGAUUGCAUGGUCACCGUCGAAAUUGAGCUGCAAAAUCCAGUCUGUCUCGAGGAGUUCGAGAAGAUGCCUCAACUGGGCCGAUUCACUCUUCGAGACGAAGGGAAGACGAUCGGUAUCGGUCGCGUGCUGCAGAUUUUGAAAACCGCAUAA